CCGCCGCCGCCGCGCGCCGCUGCCUAGAUCCGCCUUCCCUCCCCCGCUCCCCGCCGCCAUGGCGUCCUCCCGCACCUCCUGGGCCGACGUCGCCGACGCCGAGCCCGCCCCGCCUCCCCCGGUCGCCGCCCCCGCCGCCGCAUCCAACGGCCCCGCGCGUUCCUCCUACGUUCCGCCCCACCUCCGCAACCGCCCACCAGCCGCCGCCGCCGCCGCGCCCGCCUCCGCCGCCCCGCCGCCGCGCUCCACCGCCGGCCUCCUCACCCGCACCGGCGGCGGCAGCAGCUUCGGUGCGGGCGGCGGCGGAGGAUUCGGCGGGGGCCGCGCCCGCGGCGGUGCCCGGUGGGACCGCGAGCCGGACCCGUUCGCGGACUCCGCCGCCGACGCCGAGGUCCCGUUCGACGAGCACCAGAACACGGGGAUCAACUUCGACGCGUACGAGGACAUCCCGGUCGAGAUGUCCGGCCGCGACAUCCCGCCCCCCGUCUCCACCUUCGCCGACAUUGACCUCGGCGACGCGCUCAACGAAAACAUCCGCCGGUGCAAGUACGUCCGCCCCACCCCCGUGCAGCGCCACGCCAUCCCGAUCUCGCUCGCCGGCCGCGACCUCAUGGCCUGCGCGCAGACGGGCUCCGGGAAGACCGCCGCCUUCUGCUUCCCCAUCAUCAGCGGCAUCAUGAAGGCCCCGUCCGCGGGAAGGCCGCAGCGGGGCGGCGGCAUGGGGAUGAGGACCGCUUACCCGUCCGCGCUCAUCCUCUCCCCGACUAGAGAGCUCUCUAUGCAGAUUCAUGAAGAGGCGAGGAAGUUUUCGUAUCAGACUGGUGUUAGGGUAGUUGUCGCUUAUGGAGGAGCGCCAAUUACUCAGCAGUUAAGAGAGCUUGAGAGAGGUGUUGACAUUCUUGUGGCUACACCUGGCCGAUUGGUUGAUUUAUUGGAAAGGGCAAGAGUAUCUCUACAGUCAAUUAGAUACCUUGCUCUUGAUGAGGCAGAUAGAAUGCUUGAUAUGGGGUUUGAACCACAAGUUAGAAGAAUUGUUGAGCAAAUGGACAUGCCACUUCCAGGUGCCAGGCAGACAAUGCUGUUUAGUGCGACGUUCCCAAAAGAGAUCCAGAAAAUGGCAUCGGAUUUCCUGGAUAACUACAUCUUCCUGGCUGUUGGAAGAGUUGGGUCAAGUACUGAUUUGAUUGCCCAGCGAGUUGAGUUUGUGCAGGAGGCAGAUAAAAGAAGCCACCUGAUGGAUCUUCUUCAUGCACAAAGAGAUACAGGAAAGCAAACUCUCACGCUUGUCUUUGUGGAAACCAAGAGGGGCGCUGAUUCAUUGGAAAGCUGGUUGUGCAUGAAUGGGUUUCCAGCUACUUCUAUUCAUGGAGAUAGAAACCAGCAGGAAAGAGAAUAUGCUCUGAGGUCCUUCAAGAGUGGGCAAACUCCUAUUUUAGUUGCAACUGAUGUGGCAGCUCGGGGCCUCGACAUUCCUCAUGUUGCUCAUGUUGUCAACUUUGAUCUCCCCAAUGAUAUUGAUGACUACGUACACAGGAUUGGAAGAACUGGAAGAGCUGGGAAGAGCGGACUUGCCACUGCCUUCUUCAAUGAUAAUAACUCAUCACUGGCAAGAUCUCUUGCUGACCUAAUGCAAGAAUCUAACCAAGAGGUACCUGCAUGGCUAUUGCGCUAUGCAGCUCGUCCUUCUUAUGGUGGUGGUGGUGGUGGGAGGAACCGGCGAUCAGGGGGAGGGAGCCGCUUUGGUGGCCGUGACUUCCGCAAUGAUUCUUCGUCAUUUGGCAAGGGGGGAUCCCGUGGUGGUGGUGACUACUAUGGUGGAGGCAGCAGUGGUGGUUAUGGUGGUGGCGGACACGGUGGAGCUGGGGCUCCGAGUGCCUGGGAUUGAUGUUACAGUUGCUCCCAAGUAGAGGGGUCUGCCAAGUUUAGGUCACUUUUUACUCUAGUUCUAUUUAGGUAUACAUUUUUGGUAGGAGCUGUUAUACAGCAACAAGUACAAGGUGAAUGUGGUCAUCCCCUUUCUUCUUCUGGUUGCUACUGGCUGCAGUCUUAAUCUUGCAGAUGUUCAUUACGAAGAGGGUCUUGAGGACAUUCAAGCACACGAGAUUCCUAGUUAGGUGAAAUUCCUUGGUAGGGAUAGUAGCUAGGCUCUGACAAGUAGUGCUUGGUGCCCUUUGCUCUUUUUCCCUUUGUCAGCGUCGAAUUUUGGUGGUCGGUUGUAAAGCUUGUGUUGAGGGGGCUUUUGCGGCUUGAUUUUUGUCCUGGAUUCGAGUUUUGACACCGGAGGUUGAAGAAGCGGUAGGAUGAUGGUAGUCCUUUAGAUCCUGUUGUAAUGUAUUUAACUGUGAGGUGAGGCUGGACACAAUAAAUUCUGUAGGCGUGUUUAGAGGAAGAAGGGGGAAGUUGUGUGUGAUGGUUUCUUCAGAGAAGAUUCCUGCUACUGUGUACUUCGAAUCUGUUUUUGGAUGGAGUUAAAUUGACAUUAUCGAUGUCGUCC